AUGUUCAUCUCUUUUCAUUCCUCUCUGAAUAGAUCUAUCUAUCUAUCUAUCUAUCUAUCUAUCUAUCUAUCUAUCUAUCUAUCUAUCUAUUUCGGCUUAUUCAUAUCUAUCUAUCUAUCUAUUUUGACUUAUUCAUGUCUAUCUAUCUAUCUAUCUAUCUAUCUAUCUAUCUAUCUAUCUAUCUAUCUAUCUAUCUAUCUAUUUUGGCUUAUUCAUAUCUAUCUAUCUAUUUAUCUAUCUAUCUCGCUCUGUUUAUACCUAUCUAAUUCUUUUGCCAUUUUAGUCUGCGCCCUGGAGGCUAAACUAAUCUAUCUAUCUAUCUAUCUAUCUAUCUAUCUAUCUAUCUAUCUAUCUCUCUAUCUAUCUCUCUUAUCUUUCUCUAUCACUAUCUUUCUUUCUCCUUCAUCAUUUUCUUUCUUUCUUUCUUUUUUCCUUUCUUUCUUUCUUCCUUUCUUUUUCUUCCUUUUUUCUUCUUUUUCCUUUAUCAUUUUUUAUCUUUCUUUCUUUCUUUCUUUCUUUCUUUCUUUCUUUCUUUCUUUCUUUUCCUUUAUCAUUUUCAAUCUUUCUUAUUUUCUUUCUUUCUUUCUCAUUUUCUUUCUUUCUUUCACAUUUUCUUUCUUUCUCAUAUUCUUUCUUUCUUUCUUUCUUUUAUUGUUGUCUUUUGUCCCUCCUCUAAGCCGUUUAUUAUUCCUAUUUUUCUUCUUCUCACUUCCUUCAAUACCAGGUUGA